GAUUCCUAUUCUCUCUCUCUCUCAAGUCCCAACUCUCUGAGUCCACGCUGCGCAGACCAUGGCUAAACCUUUCCUCAUCCUUUCUCUCUCUCUCCUCUUCCUCUUCCUCUUCCUCUUCCCUCUCUCCUCUUCAAACCCUAACCCUAACUCUAACUCAUCGUCAAAGUCGCCACCGCUAACCGCCCACGCGGAGCUCACCAACUACGGCUUCCCGGUCGGCCUCCUCCCCACCAACGUCCUCGGCUACACCAUCAACACCACCUCCGGCGACUUCGCCGUCCACCUCGGCGACAACUGCAAGAUCACCCUCCCUCCUGACAACUACCUCGCCACCUACUCCAAGCACAUCACCGGCAAGAUCGUUGCCGGCCGCAUCGCCGACAUCAACGGUAUUAGGGUUAGGGCUUUCUUCCAGUGGUGGUCCAUCACCGGAAUCAAAUCCAGCGGCGAUGAUUUGGUCUUCGAGGUCGGUGUGGUCUCCGCUAAGUAUCCCUCCAACAACUUCGGCGAGAGUCCCGACUGCGAGGGCAAGCGUGCUUCUUCUUGACCUCUCCACAUGUUUUUCAGAUCUUUCAGUGCCUGCUUUCAUGGAUUAAAUUAUGGAAUAAUUCCCACUGGUAAGUUAAGGCAUGAAGUACUAAGCAAAUAUGAUGCAUUAAUAGGAAUUUAUGUUAUUUGAACAUUAAGGGUUAUUGCCUGGUUAAGAAUGUUUCCUAUUUUGUGUGUAUUGUAUAUAUGCUCUGUAGUUCCUCCACUGGUGCUACUGUCUCUCUGUGUUGUUUUAAGAUGUUUUACCCUAUUCCUCUGAUACUCUUUUGCUUGUAAUACUUUUAAUAUUUUGGAGUUUUUGAAGUGCAUAAUUAUUCGCCGUAAUGGCAGCGAAGGAUUAUUGUAGUAGAUAAUGGCACUAGUGGUGGUAGUAGAACUAUUAUCUGUUGCUGGUC